UCUCACAUGCAAACACCUCUUUCUCUUCAUUUUACCCUUGAUUGCUCACCUUUUUAAUUGUUGACUUUAUAGCUAGAGCUGACUACACACAUAUAUAUAAGGUGAUGAUGGAGUACAUUGAACUGUACCCUCUAUUCCUUUUCUUCUGUUUCCUGCUUUAUACAGCCUGAGUCCCCAAUCUUCUGAUUGCGAAACUAGAGCUAGCUGUACCCUGUGUAAAUAACCGAGAGGAUAUAUAGUAACCCUCUCAUUCACCCAAAAGAAAAGUCUUUGGUUAUUUUUGUACUGCUGCUACUCCUGAAUAUGAUUAAGGUUCACAGUUCACUGCUUUCAGCAAGGCAUAUAUAGUACACCGACAGGGAAGAGAAUCUGGCCAAUCUGAAUCAAGAGUCUUCAGAAAGUUGAAACUUUCCUAAUUUGGAGUAUAAAAAGCUUUGGUUGGUGCAAGUUUCAAGCAAGUUGACUAUAUGGAUGACCACCGUUCCUCUACCCCUAAUUCUACAUUCGAGACUUUCUCAGGAAAUGUCACGAACUGGGAUUUCAUGGAUAAAAUCUUGUAUCAAGGGUGGUUUGAGAAGGAUGGAGGGUUCAACUUUCUGCAGCAAGGUCUCUCCACCUCUAAUGUUCUGCAUGACCCUUCACUAUAUAUUCCCGUUACGGGGACUACUAAUUGGAGCAUAGCCUCAAACCAGCAGGACUAUCAAGAAGAAACAGAAAGGCAUUGCCAUGGAAAUCCACCACUAGAUUAUCCAAACAGCACGGAACUUGUUCAGACUGAACUUCAGGUUGAAGAUUCUGUGGAGACUUGGACACCUUUCGCGCACCCCGCAAGCUGUCAAGUAGAAGCUGCUGGAUUGGGUUUCGAAUGGCAGAUGGUGCAGAGAGUAAAUCCAGGGACUUCAUUUUCUGUGAAGGAGAGAGUAAUGCAAGCCGUUGGAUUCUUAAAAAAUUGUAUACAAGAUAGAGAUAUUCUUAUCCAGAUUUGGCUACCCAUGGAGAAAGAAGGGAAAAGAGUCCUUGCUACUAUUGAUCAGCCAUACUUUGUCGAUCCGAGUUGCAAGAGUCUUGCAAGUUAUAGAAAGGUUUCAACAGCCUAUCAUUUCCAAGCAGAAGAGGAUGCAAAAAGUUCUGUAGGGUUCCCCGGUCGGGUUUUCUUGGAGAAGCUGCCUGAGUGGACUCCUGACGUACGUCUCUUCAGAAGUGAAGAAUAUCCACAUAGAGAUCAUGCAGUACAACAUAACAUUAGAGGGUCUCUUGCACUCCCACUUUUCACACAAGGCAGUGAGACUUGCUUAGGCAUAGUUGAGAUUGCGACUACCAAUCAGAAGAUAAGCUAUCGUCGAGAACUACAAGACAUCUGCAAAGUUCUCCAGGCUGUUGAUCUAAGAAGUUCUGAAGACUUCUGCUCUCCUGGUGUCGAGACUUGCAAUCGAUUAGAUCGAGCUGCGGUGCCUGAGAUUUCAGAUAUUGUGAAAUCUGUUUGCAAGACAUAUAGAUUGCCCUUGGCUCUAACAUGGGCCUUAUGUAGCCGGCAAGGUAAAAGUGGACGGCAGGAGUUUCCCGAGAGGUUUAGCUCUUGUAUUUCCACUGUGGAUUCUGCUUGCUUUUUAGCCGACAGAGGUUUUUCAGGUUUUCACACGGCGAGUUUUGAGCAAUACCUUUUCCUAGGUCAAGGGAUUGUGGGGAGAGCAUUCACAACACAAAAGCAAUGUUUCACGAAUGAUAUACCUUCCUUCAGCAAGAAAGAUUAUCCACUAGCUCACCAUGCUAAGAUAUUUGGUCUUCAUGCUGCCAUAGCGAUUCCCCUGAGAAGCAUUUCUACCGGAUUCGUUGAAUUUGUGUUGGAGUUAUUCUUGCCAAAAGAUUGCCAAGAUACCGAAGAGCAAAAGGAGAUGUGGGAUUUAUUGCCUAUUUCCAUAAAACAGGUUUGCUGGAGUUUACAAGUUGUCAUGGACAAGGAGCUUGAUCAAGGAGAAAAUCAGAGUUUUGUAUCAUCACCUUCUAAAGAGCCACCACGGGAUGAAUCAUCUUGGAUUGCCUGGAUGGUGGAGGCCCAAAAGAAGGGUAAAAGUUGCUGCAUCACAUGGGACUAUCCAGAAGAACCUAAAGAAGAGUUCAAGAUGAUAACUCACUGGGAUGACUCCGAGGAGGAAUUAGACAAUAAGCAAGUAAUUUCAGAGUUGGGUCAACUUCAGCAAAAUCCUAGACCUAAUAGCAGUAUCGAGGGUGAUGGAGUUUCUUCUGCUUUUGGCGGAUGUCGCUCAUUAGGCAGCAGGAAAACAGGUAAGAAGAGACGGACCAAGACAGCGAUCCAGACAAUCAGCUUGGAAGUUCUUCGAAGAUACUUUGCAGGGAGCCUCAAAGAUGCUUCUCAAAGCCUCGGUGUUUGCUCUACUACUCUAAAACGGAUAUGCAGACAACACGGUAUCAAACGAUGGCCUUCUCGAAAGAUCAACAAGGUUGGCCAUUCCUUACGAAAACUCCAGCAGGUGAUCGACACAGUCCAAGGUGCUAAGGGUGCCGUUCACAUUGAAUCUUUCUAUUCAGCCUUCCCAGAACUGAGCUCUCCAAAAAUUUCAAGUCAUGCUCCUUAUUCAUCAUUGAGGAGGAGCGACAAUUCAAAGCACUUAGACUCUCCACCUGAUGAUUCUAGCCCUUCUGGCACUGCCUCAAAAUCCCAUUCCUCUCCAUGCAGUGGGAGCUCUUGCUCAAGUAACUGCUGUUCUGCUCGAGCACAACAGCAUGAUGCCACCACUAUAACUGCCUCAAGCAAUGGAAAUGGCGCUUUACUUGCAGAAACGUCGAAUGGGAUUUUAAAGAGGACUUGCAGUAGUGAAUUAGCAGAAUUGCAUUCAUUGAAUAACCAUGGAGAUCCAGACUUUCUUGUAAGAUCACAAAUUCACAAAACAAGGACAGUCAGUGGGCAUAUACAUCAAAGUGAGCUAGGAAGUCCACGUUUUGGCCAGAGUUUACGAGAAGGAGGUGUCAUCGGAGUUAAAGCCAUUUUUGGUGUAGAAAAGGUUAGGUUAGGCUUGCAACCAAACUGGGGUUUAAGGGACUUGCAACAAGAGAUUGGUAAACGUUUUGAGAUAGAUGAUUUCACGGAUAUGGGUCUCAAUUAUAUGGAUGAUAAUGGGGAAUGGGUUCGUUUGACCUAUGAUGGUGAUCUUGAGGAGUGCAAAGAGAUACACAGAUCCUCUCAAAGAAACACAAUGAAGAUCUCCUGUCACAACCUGAAACUCGUGUCCAUCACCAGCAAUAUAGGAGCAUUGUUAUAAGAACACCACAUCUACGUUAUGCCCCAAAACAUACAUAUCAUAAAAUAAAUUAUAUAAAAUUAAAGUAUUAUUUUGUAAUGUUUCAAAUAUUCCUUAAAACCAAUAAAACAAUUCAUAAUUUAAAAUA